GCAGCUGCUUGGCUGCAAACACUUCCUGAUUGAUACUCCUACUUCACUGACUGGCUACACAUUCAGCAUCGAAGCGUUGCACGGUGUUACAGAGACGUGGGCUAGCACUAGCAACCACUCACGCACAGUGGAGGUUUCCUGAACAUAAGAUCAUGCUGCCUACACCAACCCAAGACAUCGAUGGAAAUCGACCGUUGGCCCAAAUGUCUUACUGCACCGUGGUAGAUAAAACUGACCAGUGUAAAUUCAUAUGCUACACGCAUACAUAUUCGGAGAUGUUCAAUGUUGGUUUGACAAAUGCCUCUGAUGUGUGGAGCACAGAUUUCACUGAUGAGACAUUGAACCAGUUUAGACGAAAGUUUGCCUUGAAGUCAACAGAGGAUUAUAUUUUGAAAAUUAGGUCUGCGUGCAGCAGUGGGAGUGUGUCUGUAUCAAUGCAGGACAGCUGUGCAGUGCUCUGUGUAGGCACCAGUCCAGGGGACCUGAGUGUGACUCUGUCCAGACUGAAACAGCCCGAGGCUAAAGAGAAACUGAGAGAGCUGCUGUUUAGAAUGGCAGACAGUCUAACUCGUUUAGACCAUACAAGUGGCCCAGCCCCAUUCAGUCCUGGAAAGAGUCCACGCAAACGCAAUACAGAUUUUGAGCCAAGGAGACAGCCGCAGAGUGGCCAAACUCUGGCAGUCAAGAAGCGUCUUCCAGGAGAUUCUCUUAUCAACCCAGGAACAAGAAGAAAGCGUCCAGCAACCGGAGUGGCAUUUGAUGAUGAAGAUGAUCAAUGAUGAUUUGCUAAAGGGAAAUGACCACAGUUGCCUUCCAUCAUCACUAUCACAUUUCUGCUGCAUAUAACAAUUUAGUGCAUGAAUGUUAUUUUAUUCCACAGACACUACACCAUUCGGCUGCAACAUCAUUUUAAAAAUCUACCUAUUUAAUGCUGUCUACAUGAUGACAUAAUCUGCUUUUUAAGGACUUUUAAUGUGUGUCCCAAAUGACACUAUUCCCUAUACAGUGCUCUACUUUUGACCAUAUGGGCUCAAGUCAAAAGUAGUGCACUAAUUAUCGAAUAGGGUGCCAUUUGGAAAACAUCCAUGAUGAUCAUUACCUCAAUCACUGUGUGAAAACUUGAAACAUGGUUUUUAAAUGUAUUUUAAUCUUGAUUUGUGUAAUAAACAUCCAUUUUAAAAAAGCAAAACGAUCUC